GCCGAGAGGUUAUUAAUUAUAUAAUAUUGUUUUUUAAGUUGUGGAAGAUUGUUGAAUUGAAAUAAUUGGAGUUUGAAUAAUUGAACAGAUACAAUAAACAAUACUCAUAAUGGGUGGUCACGGUCAUCAUCACGAGCCACCCUACAAGGUCCCCAGUGCAGACAUCUACAAAAUUGAGGACGCACCAGAACUCGUGAAGCUCCAGGAGAAGCUAGCCAAGGUGGGACUGAAGGAUCCCUGGGCGAGGAAUCACGUUUGGCGUUAUCAGAAGAAAUUCGGCACCCCGUGGACACGACUUGGUUGGAUGAUGUUCAGGGGAGUUCCAACUGGUGUAAUAGCAUUUGGCAUCACCCUUGCUGUCGAGAAUUACCUGGGGAUUGAUUACCACCCCUGGCUCCACCAUGGUGAUCACGGAGAGCAUGGAAAAGGUCACUAGGAGCAUUUCCUUUAAACUGAAUUGAUGUGGUGUAGUUGAUAGGUGUUAAGUGCUAAUGAAAUAAAAUAUCGAAUGAUUAAGUUGAAAAUUUAA